GCAGAUAUAGAGAGGAGUAUCUCAACAGUUACAAACAGCCCAAAAAAUUUGGCCCCUUUCUUAUUCUCUCUACGUAACAUACCUCUAUAUAUAUUCUUCGACACCUCCCUUUUCUACAGAACAACUUAGGGUUGAAGGAAAAUGGCGGCGGCACCGGGAACUGCACAGCCACAGUUUAUGACUGGUACUGGAGGAAACAAUCGCCCCACUGAACCACUCAUUGAGAAUAUUGAAUAUGAUCAGAUUGUCGUUCCUGAUAAAAAAAGCUGGAAGAAUUUUUUUGCAUAUUUGGGUCCUGGCUUUCUUGUUUCUAUUGCGUAUAUUGAUCCUGGGAAUUUUCAAACCGAUUUACAGGCAGGAGCUCAAUACAAAUAUGGGUUACUCUGGAUCAUAUUGUUAGCUUCAUUUGCUGCACUUAUUAUCCAAAUGUUGGCAGCAAAUCUAGGAGUCGUUACAGGAAAGCAUUUAGCUGAACACUGUCGCAAGGAGUAUCCAAAGGUUCCAAAUUUUAUCUUGUGGAUUCUUGCUGAAAUAGCUAUAGUUGCAUGUGACAUUCCCGAAGUGAUCGGAACAGCUUUUGCUCUGAACAUGCUCUUCAAGAUACCUUUAUGGUGUGGUGUGCUUAUCACAGGGCUCAGUACAUUGGUUCUAUUAUUACUACAGCAAUAUGGGGUGAGAAAACUUGAGAUCUUUAUCGCUUUCCUUGUCUUCACAAUUGCUGCCUGCUUCUUUGUGGAGCUUGGAUAUGCAAAGCCCAAGUCUUUGGAAGUUUUAGAUGGUCUUUUUGUUCCCCAACUUAAGGGAAGUGGAGCCACUAAGCUAGCUAUUUCACUUCUUGGUGCUAUGGUUAUGCCGCAUAAUCUUUUCCUCCAUUCAGCUCUGGUACUCUCUAGGAAAAUCCCGCGAUCUUUUAAUGGUAUCAAAGAGGCAAGCAGAUUUUAUUUGAUAGAAAGUGGAUUUGCAUUGACAGUGGCGUUUCUCAUCAAUGUAUCGGUUAUCUCAGUUAGUGGUGCCAUUUGCAAUUCAUCCAGUUUGAACCCUGAUGAUGAACAGAAAUGCAAAGACUUGGAUUUGAACAAAGCUUCUUUUUUACUUAAAAAUGUUCUUGGCAAAUGGAGUUCCAAGCUUUUUGCAAUUGCUUUACUGGCAUCAGGUCAGAGUUCUACCAUAACCGGGACAUAUGCUGGACAAUAUGUUAUGCAGGUCAUUCGACUUAAUCACUCUUUAUCAUUAAUUAUUGAAAAGCUGUUUAGCGUGUUAAAUAAGUAUGGUCGAAGUACUUCUGAUCAUGAUUGA